AUGGACGACACGGUGGAGGAGUCGCCACCGAUUUGCGAGUACUGUUUACGAGUCUUCGAUGACGGAGAUCCGAUCAUCGAGUGCGCCGAAUGUUCGCAACCGAUUUGUUUCUGUAAAACGUGCUUUUCCUAUGGCAUUGAGGGUGGCGAACAUCGACGAGGGCACAAUUAUCGAGUGCACAAGCAGAAAACAAGAGAGAUUGUCAAAAUUGACAAAAAGCUGGGCAAUUGGGGAUUCGAGGAUGAUAUGAGCCUGGUGGUGAGCACCCGGCUGACAAAGGCGGCUAACUGGCCAUUUCUCGGCGAGCAAAUCGGUUUCACUGGUGUCCCGCAAGCUUUAGCUGAUCAUUUCGACAAAUACUUCAUUCGUGGACAAAUCGGACAAUUCGCGAGAGACUUUGUGGAAUUAAUGCGAGUGAUUUGUGUUGAGGAUUCCCGUUGGUGGACACAUUUCGAUUUCAUUAGUGAUUCGCUAAAGUUUCAAGUGAUCGUUCGUUCUUGGAUGGAAAGCUCCGAGGAGUUCGAUCCGUUUAAUGUACAAGCGGUGAUCAGGAAUUUGUUCAUAUUUCUUCAAAAGAAACGUUUGGAGUUCGAAGCGGAGAAGAUUGAUGGGAAAAAAAAGUUAAAAAUGAAGACAAUGAUUGGGAAUUUGAUGGCAACAGAACAGCCAAAGGUUGAGCAGCGACAACCGAGCAAGUCAAUCACCAUCAAAGAGGAAUUGUCUAUCGAUGUCGGCCACGAGCCAUCGGAUGACAGUGAGAGCUUCUCUCCGCGAAGAUCCACGAGACAAUCGAAAACGAAAAGUAGUGAGAAACGGAGUGGUCUUCGUGAUCGAAGCUCGAGACGGUCAAUCGUUGAGGAAUCCGAGUCUCCACCACCGAGCACCUCAAAGAGAGCUCGAGCUAAAGUGGAGUUGGGAAAAGUCGGAAAAGACGAUGAUUCGCCGCGACGGAGACGAACAUCUGGAGUUUCCACCUCAUCACCCGGUCAACCAUCCCCACAAAUCAACGUUGACGACGAUUUUCAAUUCGUCAAACCGAUGAUGAAAGAGAAGAGACAUGAAGACACCCCGAGUACACCAACAAUUCGCUCGCGAAAAUCGUCAUCUGUUUUAAAGGAGACUAUAGGUCCAUUUGAUCGUUUGUUCAUCCCAUGUGAUUGUCCGAACUCCAUCUCUUCUCCCAUCUCAUUUUGUGUUCGCUGUGGAUGGUCACCAGGAAAUGCGCCACAUCCUUAUGAGCCACUCUGGUACAUCAUCGAGCGAGACAAUCAAGUCUAUGUGAUCAACACCGACGCAAAACAAAGAGAGAUUCGAUGCAAAUUUGUCAAGGAUGAUCAAAACUCACUCCGAAUCCUCGCCGACACUUUCAAUGAAUUCCCGGUUAAUCAAAAGACAAUCUCCCGUCAGAACUCGAUUCAAAACGGUGAAAAAAAAAAGAAAAAAGAGAAAGCUGAGGAGAUUGAGGAAGAAGAAGAGGAAGAUGAGGAUGACAUGGAGAUCGAUGAAAAAGAUGUGGGAGAUUUGAUUACGGACAUUGAAUUACCGCCUGUACUUGAAAUGAUGAGCCCAUUGAGGAGAAGGUCGUCGGUGAGAGCAACGAGUCGAGACUCGAGCAGGAGAUCCGAGGCAAGUCACGCAAGCAAAAUGGAAGAAGACGGAAUGGAUGACGGAGAAGAGGAGAACGAAGAUGGGGCACAACCAAAAAGAUUGAGAAAGAUGAGCAGAAAAAUGAGAGAGUCACUGUACGGGAGUGAGGAAAAUGAUGAACAGAAUCCCGAAGCCCCACUUUCCUCACCACUUUCCUCACCCACAGCCAAUCAAAGUUUGCCAAAAUUGGACCCGGAAAGCUCUCCAUUAAGAGAAAAACCUUCUGAAAAUGCAUGUACGGAGCUGGAAAAGUUUUUGGAAGAGAACGAAGAAUGUGAUGAUCCGUAUGCACACUUGUUGGACAAUGUUGGACCAGGCUGGGAAUCGAAUGCAUCUGAUGGAGAUGAUGACACAUCAGCUUGUGAUGAGAUCAAGAGAGGAGCGUUGACUGAAACGAGUUUUGACGAGAGAACAGCCACGAGAAGAGACUCUACCGGGUCAAAAAGGGCUCACAACGAGAUUACGAGUCAUGAGCUGAAUGGAGACUAUUGGAAACCGGUGACCGCGAAUCGAGAGGAGAGAAACGGUCGACGCGGGAAUCGAACGCUUUCCCCGCAAAACUCACUCACUGCAUCGCGUGGUGACUCGUUUGAUGACCUAGAAGUUGGGGUCAUUCCUCAGCUGAAUCCAGAAACUCAUCCAGAAGAGCGAGACUCGUUGCUUUCGUCGGAUGAUGGGGAAAGUGGCGAUGAAAUGUUCGCCAGGAGAAUGAAAAUCCCCUAUGCAAAUUUCAUCGAUCAACAGCCGCCAUUCAGCGUUGAGAACAACUCAAGCGGGAAAAGAAAUCUCCACAUUUUGAAGGCAGCUAGCGGCAUUCGACCUCAUUGGAGCAGUGCGGUGAUCGGGCCGGCGUUUGCUCGGAUGAAAAUUGAUGAUUCGAAUAAGCAAAGUGUUGAGAAAGUUCUCCGAGCUGUAGAUGUGCUACAUGGAUGGAAAAAAGAUGAACAAGAGCCGAUUGAUGUCCUUGAAUGUCUCACGAAACCCGCACCAUUUCCAGGAAGACAGAUCUUUGCCCAUCUGCUAUCAGACAGUCAACGAGCUGGUCAAGCACUCACGGGAAUUCCUCUCUCCUACGUGGUGAAAGAUGACGAAGAAGAGGAGAUUCAGACGGCUAUUUACGAGGGUGAAUCCGAUGGUGGAUUGAGCGAGAUGGUAAAGAAAACGAAAUGGAGUGAUGCUGGGAAGAUCCCGAGAGGAGUCGUGGGUAUCGGUUACAAACACACGACAAGUGGUGAUGUUUGUGAAGAGAUCGUUUACCCGGGAGAUGAUGAACAAGAUAUUCUUUUUGCGAGCAACUCGGGCGACAAGCACAAGAAGCUGAAGAUGCGAACGAACCAAGUGUUCGUUGCCGGCCCCCAAACUGGGACCAAUCAAAAGCCGAUCGUGUGGAAAGUGGAAAAAGCAGAAAAAGAGAUCAAUCAAGAGAAUCGAGAAAUCGAUGAAACGAGAAGGGCACUCAUUGGAAGUCUUCUCGAUUUCGAGGGAGAUUUGCAUUAUGAUGAGAUCCUCUUCCGAUAUCUGGAGAAUGAAAAGCCGAAAGUCCCACAGAAUUAUCAGCUGGACUUCAAGAUGACUUUGGACAAAAAGCUCAACCAAGUGCUCUUCAAAUUCGACUCCGGUUCGAAAGGCUCGGCUGAUCUGUUUGAGCCGUCGACAAGCGGUGAAAAAGUUGACGAGCAACCGAUUUUGGGAAAAUCUUUUGCAAAUGGCUAUACUCCUCAGAAAAAGCCAAAGAAAGUUCUUGAUGAAUCGGAUGAUGAAGAGACCGAUUCACCGCCGACAAAAUACCGAAAAACGAACUCUGCCAAGAUGGCGAAAACGUCUCAUUUCGCCGAAAACAGCGACAGUGGUGAUGAUUUCAAAGAAGAACUUCUGGAGAAACAAAGCCGCAAAAUGACGGAGAAAAUUCGUGAGAUUGUCACGCAGAGAAUGAAAUCGAAAAAUGCGAAAAGAAGAGGAAAAUCCUCUGAAAUCGACGACGAGUCCGAGGGAAUGAAAGAGUCUGAGGACGAUUCUGGUUCGAGUGAUGACGAGAGUGACACGGAGACGAAAUCCUCGAAGAAAACCCCGGCUUCAACAAAGAAGAUCAAAAAGAAAAAGAAGAAAGCGCUCACGAAAACGGAACGACGCUUGCAAAUUAUUCAAAAGAAACGCGAGAAUCUCAUCAGACAAGCUGAGAAGGAAAGGAAUCGCAUUUAUGAGGUUGUCGGACAUGGCCGUGAUCUCUCAUCAAUGGCUUGUGGUGGAUUGCCGAGAAUGGCUCGCUUGCAAUUUACGGAACCGGGCAAAGACGCGUGCAAGGGGAAACAAGACGAAAUCGAUAUGUUGGCAUAUUAUCCGGGAAGGGUCGACUUUGAGCUGGAACUGCACAACGAAAUGGAGGAGAUCAUGAGUCGAACACUUUUCAAGGACUAUUCCGGAGAGCACGAUUCAGUAUUGGAUAUGGAAAAUGAGAUAAAAAUGAUCCGCGCGCAACGUUUCAACCGGGUUCUUGCCGAGCGUUUAGCGGCAAAUCGAGCCAUUCACAUGCACGGGAAAAAUAAGGAAUAUUUGGAGUUCUUGAAGAGAGUGAAUCAAGGCCGACAAAAGCCUUCCGAAAUUGUGGCUGAGAAAAACGGAGAAGAAGCGAUUCUCUGUGUCAUUCAACAGGUUCUCAAACCUGAAGAAAUCGAAAAUUUGCUGGAGAAACGACAAAAAGUUCAAGAGAUGAUGGCCAAAGUGAAAGCGCUUCAAGAAUUGCAAAAACAAGGUCAUCUCGAAUAUGACAAAGAAGCUAAAGAACAGGUUGAACGCGCUGUUGAGAGCGCGAAACCGAAAGAGAAAAAGCGCAAGUACAAGAAAACGAAAUUCACCACAAUCGCCAACAAAUACAAAGACAAGGUCAAGUGGAAUAAAAUGCGCCAAUUCUACAAAACU